CCGCUGAUUGGCCGGCGGAGUCUCCGCGUUCGAUUUUGGAAGGCUACCCCGGAGCUCGCAGCAAGGCUGGGACCGUGGAUUGGCUGUUCCGGGGCUCGGGAGCGCUUUCUCUGGGGAACCUGACUGUGAUCGAGGUGGCCCGGCCGGCUGCGGGCUGCGUGCGGCCCGCUUCGGGCAACCAGAGAGCCUACGAUGGGCACCCCAGCCUCUGUGGUGAGUGAGCCGCCCCCUUGGCAAGCUCCCACUGAGGCCCGGGGUCGUAAGCAGGCCUCAGCCAACAUCUUCCAAGAUGCUGAACUACUGCAGAUCCAGGGCCUGUUUCAGCGCAGCGGGGACCAGCUGGCCGAGGAGCGGGCCCAGAUCAUCUGGGAGUGUGCAGGGGACCACCGAGUGGUGGAGGCCCUGAGGAGGCUGCGCAGGAAGAGACCCCCAAGGCAGAAACCCCUGGCUCACUCACUGCACCACUGCAGUCGGCUCAGCAGAAUGCCAGAGCCCUGCUCUCCACUGGCCAAUGCACAGAGCAGUGCCACCGAGACAGCCUCCAGUGAGCAGCAUCGGAACUCCAGGAGGACAAGUGCCAGAAUCCGCCGAAAUUGGAGGAAGCCAGACGUCACAGGCUACCUCCACCAGAUCAGACACUGAUCCCAGGAAAGGGCUGGGAAUGGCAGGAUCUUCCCCAGGAAUCAUGGGGACUUUUGCCAAAGGCCCUGGGAGGUGAAGAUGGGAGACCUGAGGUAGACAGCCCUGCACAUAUUAAUGAAAGGAAGAGGCCACUGCCACUGGCCUGCCCAACUCAGAAUAGGACUGGAGGCUUCCCCUGGGCUCUGCACCACGUGAUGCCCAUUCAGAGCAAGGAGACACAGACUGUUCUGCCUCAGCCCUUCUUGAUCUAACACUAUACUUGGCCUGCAUGAUAUUCCCCUGGGAAUCAAAUAACAGGCACUCAGAUGCAGCACCUUACCACGCCUGCUGGCUACUACUGUCACCCAUAGUCCAACAGCCUGUCCCACACCCUUGGUGCUGUCAGGCCAGCAUGAGGAAACCAUGGUUUAAAUGGCAAAUAAAAACACUUUCAUCAAGAACUGUAUGAGUC